AUGUUACCUCCUCGCGCUGAAGGCUUUGUCCAGUUGGGAGCUGCCUUGCCCAUCACCUCGUCCACUACAAGCAAAUUAGAAGGUCCGAGCGUCGUCGCUUCGAGCGUACUAGAGGAAGAAGAUUCAGCUGCUUCUGUCCGCACACCGCCGACUUUUGUUCGCGCCCUGGUGGCUGGUGCAGUCGCAGGAUUGUCGGUGGAUUUGAUGUUCUAUCCGAUUGAUACUAUCAAGACACGAUUACAGUCUCAGCAAGGAUUCGUCAAGGCGGGAGGAUUCAAGGGGAUCUACAAAGGUGUCGGCAGUGUCGGUGUAGGAAGCGCACCAGGUGCUGCCGCGUUCUUCACCGCUUACGAGAACUUGAAGGUGAACUUGCCAAAACAUUCGGCAGCGUUCAGCUCCAACCCAGCCUUGACCCACAUGUUUGCGGCUUCCGGCGGAGAGUUUAUGGCAUGCUUGAUCCGUGUCCCGACCGAGAUUGUCAAGUCUAGAACUCAGACCUCGGCUUAUGGAGCGGGAGCAUCUAGUCUUAUGAGUGCGACAAACGUGUGGAAGCUCGAAGGUUUGCGAGGCUUUUAUCGAGGGUUCGGGAUUACUUUGGCAAGAGAGAUUCCCUUUACCGCCAUCCAGUUCCCGCUUUACGAAUCCAUGAAGACAAAGCUGUCGGAAAACUACCUUCCUGACAAGAGAAAGCCGCUUGCCCAUGAAGCUGCUGUGUGUGGAAUGAUUGCAGGAGGUAUCGCAGCUGCAUUGACGACGCCGCUUGAUGUCGUGAAGACGCGAGCGAUGCUCGAGGCCAAGGUUCGUCCUGCAGCAUAUUGCUUUCAAAGGGCUGACGGCGCUUCGAGGAGGGCUGCCUCGGUCCUGUCUAUCCCGACCCGCCUAGCGCAGAUCACCUCGCAAGAGGGCGUCAAGGCGUUGUUUGCCGGCGUGGUACCGCGAACGAUGUGGAUCUCGUUGGGAGGAGCGGUGUUCUUGGGAGCAUACGAUUUGGUUUCGGAUCCAUUCCAGCUCAAGAUGUAG